AUGGAAGAAGAUGUAGACAUUAUAUCAGAGGUUGAUGAUGAUGAUCAACCACCACCAUCAUCAUCAUUAUCCAUAUUUAACAAUAGUAACAACUAUAUUAUAACUACAACAUCAACAACAACAACAUUGACAUCACCGCCAUUGCCAACAAGUAGCAAUGAAAGUAGUAGUAGUAGUAGUGAUGAGGAUAGUAGUAGUAGUAGUGGUGGGUACUCUUCAUCAUCAUCAAAUGAAGAUGAUGUACUAGUUACUACUAAUACUACUAUUCAUCAUCGACCUGUCAUAUCAUCGAAAACCAUUUCAUUGAACAUUGGUAAUACUAAACAACGACAAACAUCAAGUAGUGAAGAUGAUGAUAGUAGUGGUAGUAGUGGUAGUUCAUCCUAUGAAGAUGAACCUCCUACUCGUCACAACCACAAGUAUAGACAAGAGGGAUCCAAAACGAUUCACCAUUUACCCAUUACAUCAUCUUCUUCUCCGACCCUUUCUUCAUCAUCUUCUUCUUCAUCUUCCUCUUCACCUUGUUUAUUACCACCACCUCCAACUACUCCUAUAAUGAAAACACCGACUCCUAUUAAAUCAAAAGCAAAGGCAAUUAGAACUCCAUGGACCAAUGAAGAAGAGAGUCUGUAUGUUCAAGGUGUAAAACUAUAUGAUAAAGACUAUCGAAAGAUACAAACAUUGGUAAAGACUAAAACCGUUGAACAAAUCAAAUCACAUCAUCAAAAAGUACAACAAAAGUUAAAGAAACAUAAUAUCUCUGAUAUUAAUAAAAUUGUACAACAAAAAAAGACAACAAAUAAUAAUCUACCAUCACAUAAUGCACAAUGGAGUGAUAGAGAACAUGAACUAUUCAUUGAAGGGAUGAGGAUAUACGGUAGAAGUAAAUGGAUAUCGAUUGCAGAACAUAUUAAAACAAGAACAUCGAUGCAGGUAAAGAAUCAUGCAAGAAUAUUCUUUAAGAAACUAAAGGAAUCUGGUGAUAUGGAAUUAUUGGAUGAAUUUAAAUCUAUUAGUAACAAUGAAACAACUAAUGGAUCAACAAACAAAGUAGUAGUAGUAAAGAGUCCAAGAAAAAAACAACCCAAUUCAACAACUUUUAAUAAUAAUAAUAAUAAUAAUAAUGGUAAUCAUUCAGAAGAGGAUGAAGAUAUUGAUAUUGAUAUAGAAGAUGGUGAACAAUCAAUCACCAAUACUUGUAAAAAUGUAGAUAAUUUUGUAAAUAAUAAUAAUAACAACAACAAUAAUAUAACUAUUGAUCAUAGUUUAGAAAAUGAUCAAAAAUAUGAAGGAGAAGAAACGAAUCAAUAUCCUACUUUUGAAAGGAUUUUACCAAAAAAUAAAAUAAUAGAAAUAGAGAUUAGAGGAUGUGAAGAAUUCUUUAAAGGAAUACCUUCAAAAACACCAGAUAGAUAUUUAAAGAUUAGAAAUGCAAUUGUAGAUCAUUGGAAUAGAAUCAAACCUAUAAAAUUGUCAAAAACAAUUGCUAGAAGAGAGAUUAAAGAAUGUGGAGAUGUAAAUGCAAUUGGACGUGUACAUGGAUUCCUCGAAUCAAUUGGAGCUAUUAAUUUUCAAGCCAAUGGUUCUAGAAAAAGAAAAGAAUUGGGUCAUCUUCAAAAUCAUCAUCAAAACCAUAACCACCAUCAUAAAAAUAAUAAUUUAACAAUUGAACAUUCUAUAAAGAAAAAGAAACAAGAAUUUGAUGAUGAUGAUGAUGAUGAAUAUGACGAUUAUGAAGAAGAAGAAGAAGAAAUAUAUGAUUACUUGGAUCCUUUUACAUUGAUUGAAUGUAGUAAAUACAAUGAUCAAUCAAACAAAGCACCAUUCACAUUAGAUGCAAGUACCAAUUCACUAGUGACAAUGGACAUUCAUUCACAUAUGGCCUCUACAGAGGUUAUUGGUAUGCUGUGUGGUAAAUACGAUGACACUAUCAAACACAUAUCCAUCAGCUUGGCAAUUCCAUGCAAUUCUAUAUCAAGCGAUAUUCAAUGUGACAUGGAUCCAGCGUCACUCAUAGCAGCUCGUGAUUUGGCAACUUCUAUGGAUUUAGAAAUUGUUGGUUGGUAUCAUUCUCAUCCAAACUUUGCUCCCAUUCCUUCAAUUCGUGAUAUUGAAACUCAAUCAUCUUAUCAAAAAUUAUAUAAAAAGGAAGAUAAUAUUGAACCAUUUAUUGGUAUUAUUGCAAGUCCAUUUUCAAAAUCAGUAGUUUCUUUAGAAACCUUACAAUCAGAGUUUAAAUAUAUAACCAUUUCAAAUGACCAAUCUCCAAAUAAUCUUUACCGACAACCAUUUGAAUUGGAAGCUACCAUUACAAAAUCUAUAAAUGAUCAUUUAAUUUUGGUUCAAACUGAUUUAAUUAACAAACAUUAUCAUCAAUUCCAAAUGGAUUUAUUAAAAAAUGGUUUAAAACAUGAACAAAACCAAAUGAUAGAAACCAUUAUUGACGACGAUGAAGAAGUUGACACUUUAACCGUUAGUUCACAACCAGAUUCAAAUAAUAAUAAUAAUAAUAAUAAUGUAGAGAUAAAAGAAACGAAUAUGGUGAACACGUGUUUAGACAAGAUGGUAUCCACCUCUAUUUUGACGACCUUGACAAAUGCAAAUACGAGCACUUCUUUAACCAAAGAACAAAUUCUAGACCUAAACUCUUAUUUCGAGGUCAUACCCUUUGGUUAUGAGUACUUACUCGCUGCAAAGACGGAUAAAGAAUAUGAUGAACAGAUAACACAAGAAUUGAAUGAUCUACGUGUCUGUGACAGAUAG